CAUGUGGCAACUCCGGUGUUUUGACAAAUUCAUAUAUUGUGCUUGCCGCUAUACGGUCACAUUCAACCAGCUGCAGUCAUUAAAGCAAGUUUCUCAAAAUGUUCAAAAAAUUCGAGGAAAAGGACAGCAUCUCAUCGAUUCAACAACUCAAAUCGUCCGUACAGAAAGGCAUACGUACAAAACUAUUGGAGGCAUAUCCAAAACUAGAAACGCACAUUGAUUUAAUAUUACCCAAAAAAGACUCGUAUCGCAUUGCCAAAUGCCAUGAUCACAUCGAACUGCUGCUAAAUGGUACCGGCGAGCAGGUAUUCUUUAGACACCGGGACGGUCCAUGGAUGCCGACAUUGCGUUUGCUGCACAAAUUCCCAUACUUUGUUACCAUGCAGCAAGUGGACAAGGGUGCAAUCCGUUUUGUUUUGAGCGGCGCCAACGUCAUGUGUCCUGGCUUAACAUCGCCGGGCGCCUGCAUGACGCCGGCGGAAAAGGGCACAGUUGUUGCCAUCAUGGCUGAAGGCAAGGAGCAUGCGCUAGCAAUUGGACUACUCACGCUUUCCACGGAAGAUAUCUUGAAGAAAAACAAAGGCGUCGGCAUUGAGACAUAUCAUUUCCUCAAUGAUGGUCUCUGGAAAUCGAAACCCGUGAAGUAGAAUGGCUAGCAUGGCUAGUUGAUAGAGCUGUGGCAGCGCCUCGUCAGGCAUUCGUGUCCUACUAAAUAGUCUUCGAGAGCAAAAGAAUGUUUUUGAUUUUUUUUUUUUUUUUUGCGCAUAUUAAGCAUUUGAAAGAGCAUUGUAUUUAAUAUUUUUGUAAUUUUAAAUGCGAGUUAAAUUAUUUUAAAUCAAUUCGAAAUAUAUACAAUUGAAGUGCACUCAAAUGCCAAAAGGCGUGCGCAUUCACUUGCGCACUCAGCGGUUGGCGAAACCACCUGUGGCAAUGACCCUGGCGUUGGUGGUCAGGGCUGUCAUUGGGGAUGGUUGUUGCACAAAUUUGACCAGA